AUGAUUUCCCGCAUCGGCAUAUCUUCAUCAUCAAAACUUUUUCGUCGUUAUGCAAGUCACUUUAGAAAUCCAAUUCCGGUCAUAGUAGCCUUGUCAGGAGGCGUCGAUUCGAGUGUUUCAGCACAUCUUUUAAAAAGGCAGGGAUAUGCUGUCGAAGGAGUUUAUAUGCGUAACUGGGACACAACCGAUGAAAAUGGAAUUUGCACGAGCGAUCAAGAUUGGAAAGAUGUUCAAACAGUUUGUAAACAAUUGGAUAUACCUUGCAAGCAGUUUGAUUUUACUAAAGAAUAUUGGUCGCAAGUGUUUAUCAAGAUGAUCGAGGAUUAUGAAAAUGGAAUCACACCGAAUCCCGAUGUUAUAUGUAAUCGCGAAAUCAAAUUUGGAUGGUUUUUAAAUAAAUGUUUAGAAUCUAUUAAUGGCAAAGAUAAAAAAAGUACUUGGAUAGCUACAGGACAUUACGUUCAACUUGAACGUACAGAUUCUGGGCGAGUUAAAUUAAUACGAGGAACCGACAUUGCUAAGGAUCAGAGUUAUUUCUUAUCAACAGUCGCUGAAGAAAAACUUCAAAGGGUAUUAUUUCCAGUCGGAGGUUUACAUAAGCAGAAAGUUAAGUUGAUUGCACGUGAGGCGAAUUUGAUAACUUGUAAUAAAAGAGAAAGCAUGGGUAUUUGUUUUGUGGGAAAGAAAAGGAGAUUUUCUGAAUUUUUGGAACAGUAUGUUGUAUCAAAACCUGGAGAUAUUAUGACAUUGGAUGGAACCGUUAUUGCAAAAGAUUGGAUAUGGAAUUGGCAUGAACCUCCUAAAGGAAUUGAUGAGGGUGUCAACUUGCUUGCUCAGAUAAGAUAUCGCCAACGUGCUGAUCCAUGCAUAGUAACGAAAAGAUCUGAUGAAAGGUAUACCGUGAAAUUUAAUACGCCUAAAAGAGCAAUUGCACCUGGUCAGAACGUCGUUGUAUGGGAUGGUAAUUGGUGUAUUGGAAGUGGAAUUAUUGAAAAUUCAUUAGCGCAAUAA